UCAAGGAGAUGAGUCCUGUGUUGUUCUAUGGAGCUGCAGUCCACAGGUCAUCUCCUGGAGGAGCAGCUUCCAGAGAUGAUGACUGAGCUCCUUGCCACAGCCAGGGACAAGAUGCUAUGUCCAGCUGAGUCUCAGCUGACCCGCUCCCUCCUCAUGGAGGUCAUCGAGCUGCGUGCCCAUCACUGGACCCCUCUGGAGGCCCUCACCACACAGUACUACAACAGGACCAUUCAGAAGCUCACCACCACCUAGCCACCCAGGUCCCAGCCUGGACCUAGGUUCACACGUCUUCGGGUCUCUCUUGCAAAAUACAUUUUAUCUCAAUAAGACUACCUGGUUAAAUCAACUAAAAAAAGGUCCACUUGUCUGACAUAGGGAGGCCUUAACUGGGUUGAUAGCUAGGAGGCAUGGCACCGUACCGGGCGGCAGUACAGAAUUUAUCCGGGGACGAAAGGGUUUAGGUUCCGGUUUGGGGAUGAGACAGAAACGUGAAACCAUGCAUAAACAAGACACACUACACACACAACUAAAAGGACUGGCCAUGCUGCCUGUUCCAACGAGACGGGAGGAGGACAAAGAGUGGUUGUGAGACGCAUAGAGGAGAAGGGUGUGUGGGGGUACAGGGUCGGGUAACAGCCGUCUCUGGGGAACAGAGGGUCUCCUCGGAGGUUAAGAAGAGAAGGUGGUGUCCAGAGGGACAUUUCAUUCUCUAUCUCCUUUGUGCUUGUUUGCCAACUACCCCCCCCCCUAUCUGUUUCCUCUCUCUCUCCUCCUCUCAGCUCUAGACCCCUUCCACCCCUAUCUGUUUCCUCUCUCUCUCCUCCUCUCAGCUCUAGACCCCUUCCACCCCUAUCUGUUUCCUCUCUCUCCUCCUCUCAGCUCUAGACCCCUUCCACCCCUAUCUGUUUCCUCUGUCUCUCCUCCUCCUCUCAGCUCUAGACCCCUUCCACCCCUAUCUGUUUCCUCUCUCUCUCCUCCUCUCAGCUCUAGACCCCUUCCACCCCUAUCUGUUUCCUCUCUCUCUCCUCCUCUCAGCUCUAGACCCCUUCCACCCCUAUCUGUUUCCUCUCUCUCCUCCUCUCAGCU